AUGCGUUGGCAAGUCACAACUAUUUUACUGUGUACCUAUGGAUUUCUCAAAGAAUUUCGUCCGUCAGAACCAUAUCUCUACGAAUAUGAGCACGUUACAUUAAAUAUAUCCGAGCACGUGUUAACUUCUCAAGUAUAUCCACUUUGGACCUACAGCUAUACGCUUUCGCUGAUACCGGUAUUUCUAAUUGCUGAUCUCAUCUUGUACAAAUCAAUGAUCAUCUUCGAAUCCUUAUCCUAUAUUGCUGUAUGGGUCAUGCUAGUAUUCUGCGGAUCGGUUCUUUCUCAACAAAUACUGGAAGUUUUCUAUGGUUUUGCUACUGCCACUGAAAUAGCGUAUUUUGCGUACAUUUACGUAAAAGUUUCUAAGGGAGAAUUCAAAAAGGUAACGACUUAUGUUCGUGGUGCUCUUCUGUUGGGUAGAUUUUUGUCUUAUGCAAUUGGCCAACUGCUUAUUCUCUUAAAAUGGGCAACAUAUUGGAGUCUAAACAUUAUUUCGUUGGUAUUUCUCUGUCUGUCGCUUAUUUUCGCAGCUUCGAUUCCAUCUGUUUCCUGGAAAAUGGCUUAUGAAAAGAAGUUAAGAGAAGGUACGAAAUCUGUGGACAGUGCGCCCACAUAUAAAAAGUUCGCAAUACUCCACUUUAAGACACUGACUGAAGAGCUAAGAAAAGUUUAUGGGAACACAUUCAUGAUGAAGUGGUCGAUGUGGUGGGCACUAGCGACUUGUGCCUAUUUUCAGGUUGGGAAUUAUGUACAAACACUCUGGGGUGCAGUUAUUGAUGUGAGUGAUGUCGACGUCUACAAUGGACUUACAGAGGCACUUUGCCCACUAGUAGCCCUUCCUGCAGUGCUUCUCACAAGACAUCUUGUCGUUAACUGGUCUAAGUGGGGAGAAUUGUGUCUGGCUGCCUGUUCAUUUGUUGACUGUGCUAUUCUUUUGUUGAUGUCACAGACGGAUAAUCUUAUUAUCAUGUACAUUGGAUACAUCCUAUACCAUCUUCUUUAUGAGACCAUGAUUACCAUCGCACAAUUCAAUUUGGCUUGUGCUUUGGAGAACGACUCGUAUGGUCUCAUAUUUGGGAUAAAUACAUUUGUCGCUCUUGUAUUACAAGCGAUACUCACACUUAUCGUCACUUCUCCUGCUGGCCUAGCGCUCACCAUUAGACCUCAGGUAUUCUAA